AUGCCUCGCGCUAUCCACGGCAUUUUGGUGAAAUGCGAUCCUUCCAUCAAGGCGAUUCUCGUCAAGAUCAACGCCGAGAACAAACACGACUUCAUCAUCGAGGAGAUCGACGAUGAGCAUGUCUUGGUGAAGAGUGCAAAACACGAUGUGCUAAAGAGUUUGCUCAAAGAUUAUCUGAAAGACGCUGUCCGAGAGCCAGAAGAAAGCUCCGAAGAGGACUAA